GCGACGUUCUUUGUUUAUCCACGCGUUUGCCCAUCCCCAUCAAAUCAUACAUCAACGGGCAUCUUCGGGAAUCGUGUUUUCGAGUGCUAGAGUGAGCAGGAGUUCCCGGAGCUGGGGGGGCUCCCUUCUUUGCCUCGGCAAGAAACGUGUGGGUUGGGGCCUCGACAUACUUCAGUAGUAGCAACUCCAGUAGUAGCACUAGCAGUUACGCAGCACUAGCCCUCAGCGGCCUACACUGUCUCUUCUUUCUUUCAUUCGCGAUUGCCCCUAUAAUCCAUAUUGCGCCUCGGACGCGGGACUAAAGGCCAUGGCUCGAAGUGCCAAUAUUCCUAGCUCUGGCAAAGGAAGUACCGGAGUGAAGAAAGUUACGACAGCUUGCGACACUUGCAGACUGAAACGACAAAAGUGUGACGGUCUUCACCCUCAAUGUUCAGCAUGCGCCGAAGCCAAUUUAUCAUGUACCUAUUCCCGACAAACAAAGCGUCGUGGACCCCCAUUAGGAUACCUCCGCCACGUCGAAGUUCGACUUCACAUCAACGAUGCGUUUAUGGGAUUGCUCAUUCAGAAGGAGCCCCAACUUGCACCACUAUUGCUUAAGCAUGCGAGGAGUAUGGCCGCCAGUUCGGCGGAGAUCAGUGGGGGUGGAUCCGUACCCGCCGCUGCAUCCGCAGCCGGGCAUCAUGGACUGGGUUCAUCUUCAGGUGGGUUUCCGGGGUCUGCAGGGAUGACGAAUUUCGGACGACGUAGUGGGAUUUCGACUCCUGUUACAAGGCGGGGGUCUGAAGGCGAUGAUGAGGAUGGUGGGAGUGGCUCGAAUGAUGGGUCGCCUUCCACGCCCGCUUCCGCGUCUGGUUUGGGAGGCAUUGGGGGUGGAGUUGCUGGGACACCUGUUACGCAACGAUGGGAUGAUUGUACGGCUCAGUGGCGAGAAGGCGAGACCAGUAAGCUAUUGGAUGGAAUUAGUGCUAUGUUUGCUCAGCCUGUGUCAAGACCUGAGCAUGAGAGCCCGCUAAGAACGACAACGGGUAGUGCUGCUGCCCCGCAUUCCAGUUCGGGGCAGUUUCAUUCUUUGCCUUCCGCGCCGUCUUCGUCUUUGGGGUCAUUGACUUCCCUGGUUAGUGCUUCGGCUUCUCCGCUCCCACAUUUUUCCACCGAUACGAGCCACUCGCAUUAUUCUCAUCAACAUCAGCAACAACAACACCAACCCUAUUUCCUCGAAGAUUCCAAAUUGUCACUGUCGAUGCCCAGACGCGAAUUCGCUCACCCUGGACAAUCCCAUUCUCAUCGUCACGCCCACCAGCACCAACAGCAACAACAUCGUUCCUCUGUACCAUCUAGUUUCUUCAUGGGAGGAGGUGGGGGUGGGGGUUCGCCCUUCGGGAGCAGUGCAACAGAGAUUUCAAUAUCGUCGAAUCCGUCUCCGACAUACGAUGAUUAUGGCGGUCUCGCCUCGACUGCAUCCAAUUCACCCUCCUUACCGUAUAACUCAAACCCCCCACCUUUACCGCCUCCUCCCCACCAUUACAUCAGAACCUCACUGCAAUGGAUAAAAAUCCUCUCGAUGUGCUCUUUGACAUAGGUUUAGGAUCAAACGUGGGACAGCACAUCCCACAAGAGGUCCAAUGGCCAGGAGACCUUGCCCUUGCCGAUUUACUAGGCGAUCAGCGCGCUUCCCUGCCACACACCACGCAGCAACAGCAACAGCAACAGCAGCAACAACAGCAACCGCAACAAGUAGGAUUAUCGC